UUGGGGGUGAGAAAAAGGAGGAAACAAUAUGAUACUCAUGUCGGGGGUUAGGAGACUCCGUAGUCGGUGCGGUCGAAGUGGGGAUAGAAAAUCGGUUGGCCGAGGAGCGUACGGAGUCUCCUGUCUCCACGCAGCUACAUGUUCAGUCGCUGGCUGAACGCCCGCCAUGGACGACGGUGGGGGGCUACGAAUUUUUCGUUCUUCGACGACAACGUGUGCUUACUGUUGUUAAUAGUAGAUUCACGGAGACAGGACACGAUAAGCGAACGGAUAAGCGAGUAAAUAAAUAAUCGGAGCGGUUUCAGCGUUACGAAUUUAGUGGAUCUAAAUGGUGAAUGAAAUGGGAUUGCCCGGACGAGCGUAAUAAUCGAUUGUCAGUUCGAAAAACGGAUGAAGAAACUGAUAGACGAACGGACUGUUGUUCAUCCCGGUAAUAAAAUAUGAAACAGUGAAUGGUUUUGGAUUAUCUACGGUAAAUUGCGAACUACUUUUACGUACGUUGAAGAACGGCAAAGAGAAAGAAAGAAAGAAAGAAAGAAAGAAGGAAAGACAAGACGUGCUCGCGUGAGACUCGAAUCAAGUUGAUUAGACCUGAUUGUUUACAACGAGUUUUUCUCUUACCUUAGAGAGUUCAACGACGCGAGUUAAAAGUGUAUCACGUUUGUAAUCGGUAUCAUCAUCAUCGGGCAGCGAUUAUAAGUCAAUGACAGUCGUCUGGUGUUUUGAUGCGAACGAUAGAAAUUUUCGUUUUUGUCGCCAGUUGUUUGUGUAAUUAUUUAUUAUCUUCGGCUCGUUAUUUCUCGUGUAAAAUUAGUGAGUUUUUUUUAUUAUUUAAAACAUCGUGCAAGUGUCAUUAUUUAUUAUUUUUGUUAAAUUUUCCGUCUUACGUCCACGUUUAUUCGUGUCGUCAUUUUUUGUAACCGAUCGAGACAGAAACAAUGCCGCUAAAAAUGAAUCGUUCCACUUUAUCGCGAUAAAUAAAUUAAAGAAUAAAAUUGAUAAAAAAAAAUUAUUGUUAAAUUAUCGCGAAUGACGCAUAUCCCGUAGCGAUCUGCGACCAUAUACAUAUAAAAACUAUUGUAAAAGAAAUAAGAUAAAAAACUUCGAGCUAAAUAAAGCGUGGAUAUUCAAAUUACUCGAUAAAUAUAACUAGGCCAAAUAUUUAAAGCGUUGUUAACGAAGAAGAAGCAGAACGCAUUUUGACAGACAGCUGUUCUACGCUGCUCUUUUUUGAUUUUUUCUCUCUCUCUCUCUCUCUUGGUCUUAUUUUUUUACGACGCAGCUGAUCCGGUUGCACGCUUUGCCAACUAACGUACUUAAAUGCAUACAAUUGUUGAAUCACUUUUUUAAUUCGGAUUUAUGAAUGAGCGAGAAAUUAAUCGGGGGCAAUUUGUUGAGGAGUCCGAGAGACGUUCCUGGAGGACGUGGAACGAAUAAACUGUUAUUGAAUAGAAAUUCAAAAAGUGCGGAUUGAAUCCAGGAGAGAAACGAAAAUUAUAAACAAAAAUCUCACGUCAGGACGGUGAUAGGAAGAUUAUCUCGCAUUGUGUGUUAAUUAAAGACAUGUUUAAUCGUUAUCUGUGUAAUCUGUUUGAUCAAAAACAUAGUUUAACAUAAAAAAAAAUAAGAUCAGUGUUUCGUUGUUCCUGAGGAUUAAAUUAGCUGGAUUAAUUUUCAUCAACAUGAUGAUGGCUCCCCCUCAGGUCGUCGGAGUCCUCCUAAAGAAACCCGGACAACACGACGAUCCUCAACCUCAUCCGAGAGUGCCGCCAACGGAUCCGCAGGAAAUAAAAAUUCGAGGAGAACUGUACGUCGAAGAUCUGGGAGAGCAAAGGAUGGUUACGAUCAGGAUGGGGUGGCUUUGGGUCGAGGGUACCCCGAUGAGGCUUCCUUUGAGGGCGUUAAAUUUGCGCCAGGCAGCUCCGAGUCUCUGUCAGCCGCACGUAUCCUCCCUUGGUUUUACUUUGAGUAACCCUCAGAACGGAACCCUGGCAACAUUUUGGGCUGAUACCGAGCCGAUUUAUUGGUCCUGGGUUCGCGCUAUCGCCGCUGAACUGGUCAGACAGACGCCCUUCCGAGCUCAACGAUGUCUCAACUUUUUGGAGAUUCUCACAAUUUGUCCUCGAGGUCCCGUUCCCUUACCGGACAGUCCUACGGAAUCCAGGAGACGUUCGAGGAGCGAGUUACGUCCCUGGCUUCGUACCUCAUCAACGGAAAGACAGAUGAACGGUUCACCGACGUUGGAAGAUUCGAGAAGAAGAGCUCGCAGCGAACUCAGAGGGUGGUCGAGUAAUUCGAGCGACGAGGACGUCCUAGGAGAAUUCCGCAGCAUUCCCGCUCACAUAAUGCCAAAUGAUAAGAAUUCGAGACCCUGGGCUUUCAGUGAAAGUAGCGAAGGCAGCGACGACAGCUUACCGUGGGGUGGUGGACAGUCGAGCGUGGAUUCCGUCGAUUCCGUUAAUGGGACGACGAACGUUAUUCCAGAACCUGAAACCAGGGAGCAAAGAAUACAGAGGUAUAAGGAAGCUAGACGGAGGGAGAACGAAGCUAGGAGUAAAAGAGUCGUUGAAGAGGACGCGAGGAGACGAAAGGCCAGUAGAGCUGAAGAGAAUAACAAUAACGUUUCGCUGACAAAGUUGACGAAAUUGACCUGUCUGACCUAUCCCAACGUGAAUCAGCUCAGAAAUGUUGAAAAUAAUAACAACAAUAACAACAAAAAUCAGAACGUCGUCAUCGUGACGUCGAAAAAUGGGAUCGAUAACAUGGACAACGGUGUGAAAAACAUCGUCGAAAAAUCUCGCAACGAUAUUUCGCUCGGCUGCAGGAUAUUUUUGGGUAACGAUAGCUCGAUGGAUGUAGUGGACGGUGAGAAAUCGUCGUUGAAAAAAUCGACGCUCGUUAGAGUCACGGGAAAUUUCGUAAGAUUCGAGGACAACAGAAUACCAACGAACCCCGCAAAUCUCGCACAAAUUUUACCCAAGAGCGAAUCGAUAAGCGAAAGAAGAAGUCGAGCGAGGGAAAGGCGAAGCGUCAGGGAAAGAGGUCAGCAAACAAUGUCGCUGACACAAUCUACCAGUGUGGAUAGUCAAGUCGAAACUUUACGGGAAAGAAAAGAACGUCUGGCUUCCAUAUCCUCCCGAAUACCAAUCCCCCAACAAACGAGGACGUCUGGCGUCGAAUCAGUUUCUGUUUCCUCGUUAACGUCUCUAACGUCACCUCCGCCAUCUUCUUCCACAACGAAAUUGAGAGAUCUCAGUUGCCCCACGUCGUCAUCACCAAGAUCUCCAACGUCGUUUUCCGUCGUCACCGAACCUUGCGAAGAGGCUGUAGCCAGACUAUUGGAACGUUGUCAACGCGUCGAUCACUACGUUCCAGUUCGUGAUAAAUUGACACUUUUCGAAUCACUUUCGAGGCUCGGUGGUAGAUUGGCCAGAAGUACGGAAGAUUUGGGAAGAGCCAAAGCGAUUCCAAGUCCUAGAGGUAAACAGCGCGCUCGUUCCCUCCACGAUUUAAAUCGCGCUGCAAAGUCCGUUCCUGUCAGAGAAAUGUGCAGGUUUUUUGAGGGAGAAAAAUGCGAAGAUAUCAGCAGGAUUUCGAACGGGCAGAGGUCGAGGUUCAGUGAUUCCUUAUCCACAGCAUCUCGUUUACGCACCUGGAGUGACGGUAAUGUUGUUUCUACCAUGACGCUUGCGCAACAACCAACUUCGAUGAUUACGAUGAAAACUACUUCGAAAAACGGUGCCAAUUCACCGUCAAAAUCUUCGGGUAGGAGACGACAGUAUGCCAAGUAGAAAUUUAUCCAAAUUUAAGUUUCAAAGAAAAUCAACUGAUCAAUUAUAUUGUUUGUAUUAAAAUUGAAAUCACCACCGAAUAAGAGAACGUCUGUAAUGUUACGAAUUAUUAUUACAUCGGUUACUAAUUUUCACUCGUACGUUUUUUUUUCUUCUUCUUUAUUUUUUACAUCUUCCUUCAUUUUUCAUCUGGUAUGAAUUUGCAAUGCUACGUACGACGCGUUAUUAGAUUGAAAUCUUCGUGAACAAAUAGAGAAAA